UUAUUGGCUCUUCCAACCGAGAUCCUCUGUCAGAUUUCUGAGCAUGUCGACGGUAACGAUCUCAUCACGAUGCGUCUCGUCUGCAACUCGCUCCACCAUGCUGCAAAUAAACCUUUCGGCAUCUUUUACCUGAGUCAUCGUCACCACGUCCUAACUAGGAAGAGUAUUGAGUCGUUGCUCGAGAUUGUAACUCACCACAGCUUUGGCUUGUACGUAAAG